AUGAAGUGUGCUUUGCUCGCGCUGAGAGCGCUGCCGGCCUUGCUCGGACUUGCUAAUGCGUUCGAUUUCACGAGCUGGUCCUCGCAGUCGUUUGCGGACGGCGAGCGUAUCCCGCUGAUGGUGAACAAGGUCGCCUCCGACACGACGCAGCUUCCGUACGCAUACGACGGGCUUCCGUUCGUGUGUCCGUCGACGAACGAGCGCGUGGGUCUUAAUCUGGGAGAGAUUUUGCGCGGCGAUCGGAUUGCGGGGUCGGACUACGUGAUUGAGAUGGGGAGUGAUGUCGAGUGCGCGACGUUGUGCACUCGGAAGGUGAAGAGCGGGGAUGUUGAGCGCGCGGUGUCGCUGAUUCGGAAUUCUUAUGUCGUGGAGUGGUUGCUGGAUGACUUGCCCGGCGCGACAUCGUACGUGUCGGUGGACAAAACACACAAAUACUACGCCUCUGGAUUCAAGCUCGGGUCGUAUGAGAAUGACGUGGCAUAUCUCAACAACCACGUUACGAUGAUUGUGCGAUAUCGGCCUCUUGAACAGGAUCCGUCGCGAAAGCAGAUUGUUGCGUUUGAGGUGUAUCCGAAAUCGAUUGCGCAAGAGUAUGCGGAAUGCCGUCGAAAGGUAAAAGAUGGACGAAAGCUGGCACUUGAUCCGACAAAGGAAGAGAUGGAGAUCAGUUAUUCGUACUCUGUUUAUUUCAAGGAAGAUCUCGAGAUCACGUACGCCAACCGAUGGGAUCUGUAUUUUUUGAACAACAACGAUUCGGACAAGAUUCACUGGCUUGCGAUUAUCAACUCGCUUGUGAUUAUCUCUCUGCUGACGGUUGUGGUGGCGAUCAUCAUGGUGCGCACGCUUUCGCGCGACAUUCAGUCGUAUAACCAAGACAGUCACGGCGAGGAUGACAAGGACUUGCCGGAAGACAUCAGUGGAUGGAAGUUAUUGCACGGAGAUGUGUUUCGACCGCCGGUGCACAAGGGCGUUUUGGCGUCGCUGAUUGGAGCAGGAGUGCAGAUGUUUGUGAUGGGGCUUGCGGUGCUUGGGUUUGCGACGCUGGGGUUUUUGAGUCCGAGUCACCGGGGCGGGUUUCUUAGUCUGGCUCUGUUUCUGUUUGUCUUUGCGGGGGUGUUUUCGGGAUACUUUAGCUCGAGACUGUACAAGUCGUUCAAGGGAGUGAAGUGGCUGAAGAAUGCUUUGAGGACAUCGAUGCUGGUUCCAGGGGCGCUGCUUGGAUUUGUAUUUGUGAUCAACUUUUUCUCGUGGGGCAAGUCGUCGUCGUCAGCGAUUCCGUUCGGAACGCUGGUAGCGUUGAUCAGCAUGUGGCUUCUGAUUCUAGUGCCGCUGGUGAUAGUUGGGGCGUGGAUUGGAUUCCGGCGGCCAGCGAUCGAGAGCCCGACGCGGAUAAAGGCGAUUCCGCGACAGAUCCCGAUGAGGCCUUGGUACAUGAGUCUGGAGUUUUCGGUUGCGUUUGGCGGGCUGAUUGAGUUUGCGGUGAUUCUGAUUGAGUUGCUGUUUAUUCUAAAGUCGGUGUGGCAGGACAAGACGGGGUAUUACUACAUGUACAGUUUUCUGGGUCUGACGUAUGUGAUUGAGAUGGUGACGGUAGUCGAGAUCUCGAUCGUGACGACGUACGUGCAGUUGUGCGCGGAGGACUAUAACUGGUGGUGGCGGUCGUUCUUCGUGGGCUCAGGAGCGGGAGUGUGGAUCUUUUUGUACUCGGUGUGGUAUUACUUUGCUCGGCUGACGGUGAGCGGGUUUGUGUCUGGGCUGCUGUUUUUCAGUUAUUCGUUGAUUGCGUGCGCGGUGUACGGGCUUUGCACUGGCACGGUUGCGUUUUUGGGGUCGUAUUGGUUUGUGAGUCGGAUAUAUACUGCGGUGAAGACUGACUAG